ACCCGUCACCCAUCGCCCGUCUUGUUAACUCCUUCACCGUAAAAUUGACAAGUCUUCAAUAUCAAGAUUCAAUCGAAUCAAGAUGGUUCCAUAUGCGUCAUUCUCGACGUACAUACGAUAGAGGUACAUGGUAACUUUGUACUAUGUACGGCGGACGGGGAGAAAACAGGUGAUCUCGGAGCUACACGGCUAAGGCAGCCGAGAUUGAUAAAAUUGAUAAAAAGGGGGACCCGCAUAUACCUUUGUACUUUGACUAAUGCACUGACAAUGGAAUGAUGACGGACCACUUAGAAAGGCUAAUUUACAUUUGCGCCUUCAACGCGCCAAAACUUUGUCCUACAUACCUACCGGCCCAGGUAGUAAGUAUUUCAAAUCCUGAGAGUUGGAACUCCCUAAAAUAAAAAUAAUUCAAACUCCUUACAACAUUUUCAAAUAAUUAGCCUUAUUUAACUACUUACACUCCUUUUCUUCUUCUCCCGACGAUCUUUUUUUUAAUUACUCUCCCGAUAACAACAACGCCUUGGUAAAGAUUGUUCUGGUAAGGUAAAACUUACCAGUACAACUUUAUUCAUCUCACUUCUUUUUUUUUUCUGCUGUCAAAGUCCCUCAAUUUCAAUUUAUACUGCAUUUAUUCAGUUAUACUACGAUCCUGCGCUUGGCCUGGGCAAUACUUCCCCUCCGCCAUGGCUACUAAUAAUAUAACGUCCAACACGGACCUCCCACCGCUCCCGUCGUACGAAGCUGUCGUUGCGCCAGAUUUAAUAUCAUGGCUACCCGACUUUUAUCUAUCCCUUCUCGCACCCACCAUCGCGUAUUGGAUUGUCUCCAUCUUCUUCCAUAUCAUUGACACCUGGGACCUAUUCCCCCAAUACCGUCUGCACACUCCCGCCGAGAUUGCGCAGCGCAACAAGGCCUCGCGAUUCGAGGUCCUUCGCGAUGUUCUCUUCCAGCAGGUUAUUCAGGGUGGUAUGGCCUAUUUCCUGAACCAGACCGAUCCACCACAAUAUACGGGUAUGGAGGAUUAUGAUGUUGCCGUCUGGGCGACGAGAGUUCGUCUGGCGCAGAGAGCCCUUCCCACCGUGCUCGGUAUCCUGGGAAUCAAUGCUGCUACUAUCUCCAAGAAUAUGGCUGUUUCUCAUCCGUUCCUAGCUGGCGCGCUCGCUGGUGGACAUUACCCCUUCCUCACCUCCGAGCUUGCCGGGCCAGACGGAGCUUUGGUGCCCGCUUUCGCCACGUGGGAACUUCUAGUUGCCAAGGCUAUUUACUGGAUCGUCAUUCCCGGCUUCCAGCUCUUCGUCGCCGUCACCGCCUUGGAUACAUGGCAGUACUUCCUUCACCGAUUGAUGCACCAGAAUAAGUGGCUCUACACUACGUUCCAUUCGCGGCACCACCGACUCUACGUUCCUUACGCAUAUGGAGCCUUGUAUAAUCACCCAUUCGAGGGCUUCCUUCUCGACACCGUCGGCGCCGGCCUCGCGUAUAAGCUCGCGCUUAUGACGCCUAGGCAGGGAAUCUUCUUCUGGGUCAUGUCUUCGAUCAAGACCGUCGACGACCACUGCGGAUAUGCCUUACCCUGGGACCCUCUUCAGCACAUUACUUCGAACAACGCUGCCUACCACGAUAUCCACCACCAGAGCUGGGGUAUCAAGACCAACUUCGCCCAGCCAUUCUUUACUUUUUGGGACAAGUUUUUGGGUACGAUGUGGCACGGUGACACAUCGCUGAAAUACGAACGAUCGAGGGUUAAGGCCCAGGAGUUCGUAGAGGCGGAGGCUAAAAAGGCAUCCGCGAAGGCACAGUAAAUCAAUACCUUGUCACGCGCACCGGUUUGGUGCAUACAUUCGUUGUAUUAUCCUAGGGACAUUCGUUACUUUUAUCUUCCGAGGCGUGACUAGGGCAUUCUGGAUUGAAUGGGUUGAAGAGAUAUGAGAUGUAUACACUCGGGAAGCAUGGGAAGGGCGUUUGCUUGAGUCUUGAGCACUAUGACUCGAUAGUUAUUUUCUGGGGGAUGUCGAGUCGCGUUUUGAUGGCUGUACGGUUUGCAACAUUCAAACUACGUGUAGCCUGAAUGGUUACACUAGGCUAUACGCAUUGAUAAGGCACGAGCACGAUUAAUGCGGGAAAUGAGCAAGCCAACACAGCACAGGUGGUGCGGAAGUGAGCAAGAGGCGUUGACGUUGGCGUUGGAUGCCGACACACAAAUCAAGGAUGCGUAGCACCGCGACUGUAGACAGCCGCUGCUACAGCUUCCCCAUACGUAAUCUUAAUACCACUAACACUCGAUCGCUACCAUCGCUUCAAAGUUAUAUUGAGUAUUUUCCAGUUAUCGGAAAUUUUAGGGUAUAGGGAAUGUGAUUCUUUAUGAGUUUCAUCCACGACUUGGACGUUAUUAUUAUUAUUAUUAUUUAAACCAAUAUACCUCUUAACAUUUGGCUACAUAAUCUCAUUAA